AUGCCAUUCUCUCAAUAUAUCCAGCUUAACGACGGUAACAAGAUCCCACUGAUUGCAUUUGGCGUGGGCUCAGCCGUCUCGAAAAGAUGGGGAAACGCCAAGGCUCUUCCCGAGCUUGUUAAAACUGCUCUCCAAGCUGGCUAUCGACACCUUGACACAGCUGAAGAGUAUGAGAACGAGGAAGAAGUAGCAGAGGGUAUCAGGAUGUCUGGCGUCCCUCGCGAAGACAUCUUCAUUACUGCUAAAGAUUUGAGCACAGAGAGUGUGACGACUGAACAAGCCCUGAGAAAAACGUUGAACAAUCUGGGCGUCGAAUACGUCGACCUCUAUCUCAUUCACAACGCCAUGUUUGCUAAGAAUGACCAAGAUUGGCAGCGAAAAUGGACUGAAAUGGAAGCCGUCCGAGAAAAGGGCCUGGCAAGGUCCAUCGGUGUUAGCAACGUUGAGCGGCAGAAGAUUGAAGCCAUUCUAAAGAUAGCCAAGGUCCCCCCCGCCAUCAACCAGAUUGAGCUGCACCCCUAUUUUCAGCGCACAGAGCUCGCCUCGUGGCUCAAGCAGCAGAAUAUUGCCCUUGCCUGUUACAGUCCUCUCGCUCCCUUGCGGAGCACUAGGCCCGGCCCAGUCGACGACAUUUUCCAAAGCUUGGCGGAGAAGUACAACGUCGACGAAUCGGAAAUUGGAUUGAGGUGGGCGAUCGAUCAAGAUCGCGUCGUCAUAACUACAAGCUCCAAAGUGGAGCGGGUGCGAGGAUAUGCAAAGAGCCUGCCCAGCUUUAAGCUGACUAGCGACGAAAUUUCUGAUAUUGCGGAGCUGGGAAAAAAGAAGGAAUUCUCGGGUUUCUGGCAGUUUUUUGCCCCGUCGGGAGGGGACAAAUAA